AUGUUACUUUUAAAAGCUCUUGAACCGAACAUCGAAGUGACUGCGCAACGAUUAUCGGAUCAGGUGCGAGUCAUCCAGCGGCGAAAGCGGUUGGAUGACUCUACACUUGAUCGGCUCCGCCUGGAGGCUCUUUCUGCUCGCUCAACCUCCACCUCGGCGCGGGACCCGCCCGCUACGUCGCCGGAUCCGGUGCCGGCACCAGACCAGGCACCGAGGGCGCCGCGGGUGGAUCUCAGUGCCGACGAGGAGGAGGAGUUCGCGCAGAGUGACCAAACAUUCGACGACUUAGUCAAGCUAGUAAGGGAGCAUUUGGAACCCGAGAGAUCGGAAAUAGCGGAACGACACAUCUUCCGUCAAAGAAAGCAGCUACUCGGUGAAAGUAUACGCGAAUACCUACAGAAUUUAAAACAUCUGGCCAAAACGUGUAACUUCGGGACGGGUCUCGAGGUCAACCUUCGCGAUCAAUUCGUGUCGGGGCUGCUGAGCGAAGAGAUGAGGUCGAGGCUAUUUGCCGUGCGGGCCAUCGACUACAAGCGCGCCGUAGAGCUUGCCCUGGCUCUAGAGGCGGCAGAGAAGCACGCGGCGGUGGGCGCUCCGGCGGGCGCGUCAGCGUCGGCGUCGGCGUCGGCGCCGCCGGACGACGGUCUGCAUCGCGUGGGAGCGGCGCGGCGCCGGGGCGCGGGCCCGGCGGCGGCGGCGACGGCCGCGCCGCGGGCGCCGUGUGCGCGCUGCGGCAAGACCGGUCACGCGGAGGGCAGAUGUCGGUACAAACAAUUUUCAUGCGACGCGUGCGGUGAAAAAGGCCAUUUGAAAGUGAUGUGCAGAAAGGAGGUAUUUAAAAAGUCAACAAAAGGUGAGGACACGAUGGCAGAAUCUCUUAAGCAAGAGUUUCCAGAAGUUUUCGCUGGGGGGUUAGGCACGUUCAAGUCGCGACUGCAGCUCCGUCUCAAGGACGACACGCCAGUUUUUGUUAAGGCGCGGGCGUUACCGUUGGCGCUUCGCGAGCGCGUGGAACGGGAGCUCGAUCGCUUACAGCGGGAGGGGGUUAUUUAUAAAGUCGACAGAUCAGAAUAUGGGACCCCUAUAGUGCCUGUAGUAAAAGCAAAUGGCACCAUACGUAUCUGUGGCGACUAUAAAAUAACAAUAAAUCCGCGGUUAAAAGAUUUUCAUUACCCGCUACCGCGGAUCGAGGACCUGUUUGCUCUUUUGGGCGGAGGCGAACAGUAUACCAAACUGGACCUGUCUAACGCCUUUCAGCAAUGUGUUCUGGAGGAGGAGUCACAGCCGAUGACGGCCAUAACCACUCACGUCGGUACAUUUGUAUACAAACGCGUCCCGUUCGGAAUAAAGUGUAUUCCCGAAAACUUUCAAAAGAUCAUGGAGGAGACGUUGAGUGGUUUGCCGUCGACGGCCGUGUUCGCCGACGAUAUUUGUGUAACGGGGAAAGACAAGGCAACGCAUAUGUCUAACUUAAGAGCCGUUUUACAGAGAUUAAAAGAGAACGGCUUACGAAUUAAUUUUGCUAAGUGUCAAUUUUUUAAAGACAGUGUAAACUACCUGGGCUAUAGAAUUGAUAAGUAUGGUUUGCAUACGGAUGAACGAAAAAUUGCUGCUAUUGUUAAUGCCCCGGCCCCCUCAAAUGUAACACAACUUAAAAGUUUUAUGGGGCUUGUUAAUUUUUAUGCAAAAUUCUGUGCUAAUAUGAGCGAUAUUUUAAAACCAAUGUACAGUCUUUUAAAGAAAAAUGUAAAAUGGAAUUGGGACGAAUCAUGUGAUGACGCCUUUAAAAAAAUUAAAAAAGUGUUAAGCAGUGCUCCAGUGUUAGCACACUAUAAUCCAUCACUGCCGCUAAUUCUUUCGGUGGACAGCAGCCCUUACGGCCUGGGCGCGGCCUUGACUCAACGGGGCGCGGACGGCGUGGAGCGACCUCUGUGCUGCGCUUCGCGCACGCUGAACGCCGCCGAGUGCAACUACUCGCAAAUCGACAAGGAGGCGCUGGCGAUCGUGUUUGGUGUCACUAAACACCACCAGUAUGUGUACGGGCGGAAAUUCACGUUGCGGACGGACCACAGGGCACUCAGCUACAUAUUUGGUAAAAACAAAGGGCUACCGGUGACUGCGGCAAGCCGUUUGCAGCGUUACGCGGUAAAGUUAGCCGCGUAUGAUUUUAAUAUUGAAUUUAUCCGAUCAGAGCGGAACUGUUAUGCGGACGCUCUUUCUCGUCUUCCUUUAGUUAGUCAGAAUAGGCCGAGUAUAAAAGACGAGGGAUGUAGCUAUUUAAAUUUCGUAGAAGGGGAUUUUCCACUUAGUUUUAAGGAGGUUAAAAGUGAGUUGGCGAAAGACCCCGUUCUGAGCAAAAUUUACGGGUACGUUAUGUUCGGAUGGCCAAAUAAUAGCAGUGAGUCAGAAAAGCCUUAUUUUAAUCGAAAAGAAUCUCUUAAUAUAGACCAGGGUUGUUUAAUAUGGGGAUAUCGAGUGGUUAUUCCAAAAUCUUUACGAGUUGCGGUUUUGAACGAAUUACACGGUGGCCACCCCGGUAUUGUAAAGAUGAAACAGAUCGCGCGGAAUUACGUUUGGUGGGACACACUGGACGCGGACAUCGAGCGGGUGGCGGAGCAGUGCGCCGCAUGCCGCGCGCAGCGCCCUGCGCCGGCGCCCGUGCCGCUGCACUCGUGGCCGUGGCCAGAGGAACCCUGGGCGAGAUUAAACUUAGAUUUUCUGGGGCCUUUUAAUAAUGUUUAUUAUUUAGUUAUAAUCGACGCUCACUCUAAAUGGAUAGAGGUCGAAAAAAUUAAAACGGGAUCUGCUUCUAUGGUAAUUGAUUGUUUACGAACACUAUUUGCACGCUUUGGCCUGCCGAAACAAUUAGUCACCGACAACGGGCCACCGUUUUCAUCGGCCGAAUUCGGCUCUUAUCUUAGACGAAACGGAAUUCGACACACCUUAGUAGCUCCUUAUCAUCCGGCCAGCAAUGGCGCGGCCGAAAAUGCGGUACGUACCAUUAAGCGAGUGUUAAAAAAAGCUGUUAUCGAGAACGAGAAGGAUGUCGUGGCUCUCAGUAGGUUUCUGUUCAUGUACAGAAAUACGGAACACAGUACUACUAAGAAAGAACCGGCGGUGGCGCUUCUAGGGCGGCGGCUACGCGGUCGCCUCGACCUGCUGCGGCCCGACACUGCGGACGUGGUGCGCACCGCGCAGCGGGCCAGCGAGCGGCGCAGCGAGCGCCACGCGCCGCGCCAGGCAGAGCAGGGGGCCGAGGUUCUGGUGCGAGACUACGCGCGCGGAGCGCACAAGUGGGCCGAGGGCCUGGUGCUCGCGCGAGAAGGACCCGUAUCUUAUGUAGUGCGAACGAGUGACGGCCGCACACAUAAACGACACGUAGAUCAACUACAUUUCAGAAAGUCGAGAUUUACGCUCAGUGACAUUGACGCUAAAGCACCUAAUAUAUCACCCGUCUCCGAUCAGCCAGCGGACAAGGUCCAAGUAGACAUUCCGGAUGCCACGGGGUUGCCCGCUGACGAUACGGAUAAAAACGACGGGGAAGGCGGAGGCGAGGAUGAGUAUGGCACGCCCCCGGGGACUCCGACAAAACGUGACGAACGUUCGCGCCGGAAAGCUGCUGUCCGUUGUUUAGAAAGAUUUAAACAAAUGUAG